UCAGAGAGAAACCUGAAAGAGGAUAUGACAAUAGUUUAGCAAGCGUAACUGAACCGUUGCACGGCAUUGAAAAGCUGCUGAACGCGCUAUUGUUAGUGCCCGAUACGCAACGUGUUUACUGAGCGGACGCCAUUUUUUCCAUCAUAUUUUAAGACCGCUAUCUGAGCUCAACGUGUUGUCGGUUUAUAAACAAUAUGACAUAACCUAAAUAGACGUUUUUUCUAUUUAAAAGACCAGAAGGAAUCUGCCGAUGUGUUUUUGACACAUCGACAAAACAUGGACGAAUUGGAAAAGGAAUAUAUUUAUAAUAAUAUCAUAUAUAAAGUCUUUGCAACAAGAGAUGUGCACAACAGUUUACAGAACGAUCCAAACUUUUUUACGACAUAUUUUAUUGAAAAUAUGCCCUCACAAGAAGCAAUAUGCGUUUCAGAAAAAGUUUCAAUAUUUACAUGGACAAAGCAAGCAAUGAAAUUCGCGUUCGCGAGAUACAGAUUACUAAAGCCAUCUAUUGGAAAAAUAAUGGAUUUCUUUUUACUACACCUAAUAUUUAGAAAUGACUAUAAAUCAUGGACCAACAUUAUCUUCAAUGCCAUCAAUAAAUGCAAAAUCAAUUCCAUCCACGUCAAGAGUUACAAAUUCAGUGCCAUCCACGUCAAAAAUUACAAAUUCAGUGCCAUCCACAUCAAGAAUUACAAAUUCAGUGCCAUUCAUAUCAACAGAUGCAAAUUCAAUGUCAUCCACGUCAACAGAUGCAAAUUCAAUGCCGUUCACGUCAAUAGAUGAAAAAUAAUAAAUCCAACACAAAAUAAAAUGUCAUCUGCAGUUAUUGGAGUCACGAUCGCCAAGUUCCGAUAAAGAAAAUAAAAGAAGAUGAAGACGCUAUCGUUAAUGCAAAAGAAACAACUUGAUGCAGAAAACAGUAAAAUAGAAGAAAUAAAAAGACUAAAAGAGGCGAUGGAUAAUAGUAAUAAAUUACAAAAAGAAAGUAACAGUAUACUUAAAGAACGAAAUGAUUUAUUAAAAGAUAUUCUUUUGGAAAUGAAAAGAAGAAAGAAAAAGAAGAAUGAUUGAUACUAGUAUCAUGACUGAUUAAAUAUCAAGUUUUACUAUUGAUAUAUUGCUUUUUUUAAGUAUUGGA